UCCAAUGUGUUCUCCAUGUUUGAACAGGCCCAGAUCCAGGAGUUCAAAGAAGCUUUCACUAUCAUGGACCAGAACAGAGACGGUUUCAUUGACAAGAACGACCUGAGAGACACGUUUGCAGCUUUAGGCCGUUUAAAUGUGAAGCAAGAGGAGCUUGAUGAUAUGUUGAAGGAGGCACCGGGGCCAAUUAAUUUCACAGUCUUUCUCAGCAUGUUUGGAGAGAAACUAAAAGGUUCUGACCCAGAGGAGACCAUUCUCAACGCUUUCAAAGUCUUUGAUCCUGAGGGUCAAGGAACAUUAAAGAAAGACUUUAUCACAGAGAUGCUGACGACCCAGGCUGACAGGUUCUCCCCUGAAGAGAUGGAGCAGAUGUUUACAGCAUUCCCUCCAGAUGUAGCCGGAAACCUGGACUACAAGAACCUGGUCUAUGUCAUCACACACGGCGAAGAAAAAGACCAAGAAUAG